GCCGCCGAGAAAACAUCGCUCUCAAAAUAAUAAGGGAUUGUGCGGACGGACUGGACUGACUGUGUUAAAUUUUAAACUACUUCGCAAUGCCACGCCCAUUGAAAAUGACUUACGGUGAUCAGAAGCCCCCGUACUCGUACAUAUCAUUAACGGCCAUGGCCAUUAUACAUUCGCCGCAAAGAUUGCUGCCGCUCAGUGAGAUAUAUCGAUUUAUUAUGGAGCAGUUUCCCUAUUACCGGAAAAACACCCAGAAAUGGCAGAACUCGUUGCGGCACAACCUGAGUUUCAAUGAUUGUUUUAUUAAAGUGCCACGGAAUGUGACGAAGGCCGGAAAAGGAUCAUACUGGACCCUCCAUCCCAUGGCCUUCGAUAUGUUUGAAAAUGGUAGCCUGCUGAGGAGGCGAAAGCGUUUCCGCGUCAAGCAGCUCGAAAAGGAUAUAUCAAACUGGAAACUAGCCGCCGCCAAUACAGAGAUGGUCUCCCACUACCUGGACGACCAGCUAACACAGAUGGCGUUUGCCGAUCCAGCGAGGAGUGGUCACAUGCCCAGCAACUUUGAUCUCGGAAAUACGUCUGCUGCCCAAAUGCCCACCUAUAAGGCUGUUCCUACGAUCCUUUCGUCGACCAUAACCCAGCUUCCGGUUCGUCCCAAGCGUGCUUUCACCAUCGAGAGUCUCAUGGCGCCGGAACCCACGAGUGCGGCUAGUGAGGGAUUAGUGCCUAUGGAUUUCGGAAGUCCCGAAGCCGUCGCGUUGAAAAAGCCGCCGUUCAACUUGCCAUUUAAUUUUAACGAACUCGCCGCGCAGUAUCACCUUUACUUUCCCAGUUUUUUGUACAACAGCCAAUAUGGCAAUAUGCCUUGCUACCAUAAAUCACCGCCGCUUUUUCAUAACGGCCCGUUGCCCGUCUUUUGAUUUUAAAAGUGUUACCCAUAGUUAUCCCUAGAGUUAAAAAUGAUAUGUCUAAAACAUAACUUAUUAGUGGCCCCAUUAUAAUUAGUUUAUGUUAUUUACUUGUGUACUCAUUUUAUUUAAACAAAACUGUAUUGUAACCAAUUGAAUUUAGAAGAUCUCUAAAAUCAAUAAAGAACUGCCUA